CUCCUUCUCUGCCGCGCCGUCCCGAGCCGGACAUGAUGCAUAUCUCGUCACAAUAUUGAUGCCCGAAAGCUACGCGAUAGUUUUGCUGUCUUUUCGCGUUUCGCUCGGAAAUAACCGUGGUGAUGAUGGUGCAGGGUUACCAAAGGCAGAAUACCGGUACGUCCUGUAUGCGGGCGAACAUCUCUGGGCUCCAGAACUCUUGGACUGUUGUCACUUUGAGGUUAUGAAAGCAAGCAUUGCUGCCCGAUGCACGUGUAUAUCGGCUACUUACACGACUGCUUCGAGGACAACCGAGUCGUUUUCUUACUGCCCGAGUGACCGAAGGGCAGUCACUUUCGAGCAGCAAUCAUGCCAGCGCAAUUGCGAUUGUCCGCGUUCUUGCCACGUAGUUCGGGAAGAAGCUGACGAGCUACGAAUCGGGCGUUGCAGAGUCCCAAUUUCACGCUCAAGCUGCUCUUGCUUGCUGCACAUGAAACUUAUCCUGCAGAUGCGGGAGACGGCUUCUUUUCCCGAUGCGGGAGUGCUCACCUCCCUUGGGCUCCUGGGGUGAAUAGUUACCCAAAAGACCGACACCAAUUCCCUCUGGCCAAAUCUUCUGCAAUCGACACCGAAAUCAGUAAAAGCGUUCGGUGACCUCGCUCUUGGGUGUCUAGUUGUGUUUGACACGGCAGAUAGGGUUAUGCAAGUGGUUUGACUCGUUGACGUGGCAGUCAACUCGGGCUUCAGAACCCUGCAUAUCACUCAAAAGUCUGGGGAAGCACUGUUGACGUGUCAGGAUGUGUUGGGUGUAGCAAACAUAUCGACGUGGGGUUAUGAAACAAGGCCUCGAGUCUGCAACCUCGUUCUUUACUCGGCCAUAGACAGCGAGAAGAUCCACGAUAUAUAUCUCAAG